AUGAAUUUUGAAGGGAACUUACAUGGAGACUUUGGAUUUGAAAGACAAUCAUAUGAAAGAAGCGAAGAUGAAUAUCACAACAGAAAUUUGAAUAAUUAUACUGGUCAUCAAGAAGAGUUUUAUGAUGCACCUUAUGAGACCGAUUCAUCUUAUUUUGAUGAUGGAAAUCAUAGAAACUCAUACAGGAAUUUUAAUCAAGGAAAUGACAGUCUAAAUGAAAGGGCCUCUAGAUAUGAUAUGGAACAGAAUUAUUCAGAAAAUUUAAUUCGAUCAACUAAUGCAAGUUCUGAAUAUGAUCACAGACAUCAUAAACCUAACGAUUUCCAAUGUAAACAAAGAAAUGAAACCAGAGAGAACAGACAUUCGGCUCAGUAUCCCAAAUAUUCUGAAUCCAUGUUGGAUAGAGAUUACAUAAACCACACAGGUCAAAGAAACAAUUAUACAUCUGAUCAGAGCAGAGUAUCAGAGCACCCCAGUCACAUCAGUAGGAAUAGUAGAAGCCUAAAUGAAGAGAUUUAUGAAUCUGUAGAAGAUGAACCAGACUAUGAAGAAACUCUUGUACAAAAAAUCUCACCCAGGAAUUACCUGAUGGAUAAUUCUAAUGAAAGAAAAAAGGGUUUUAGACUUGGAAUUGAAAAUAAUGCCUUUGAAAGCCAUGAAGUUCAAAGUGAUUAUGAAUUGGACAGUCCUGAUGGCUCAGAUAAUCUUGUGCAAAUGAGACAUCCAGAUAAGGGAGAAAACUCCAGUGUUAUCCUGGAUGAUGGAAGAAAGACAUAUGUCUUUAGAAAAAAGGCUAUUCCUAUAAAUGACAGACGUUCAAGGACAGCAUCACACCGUAGAUCAACAGUCAAAAGAAAAUCUGCUAUACCAGAAGGAUAUGUUCCUAGUCAUAGAGAAAAUGUAGUAACACUGAAAGAAAAAAAACAAAUGUUAGAAGAACAAGACACUAUACAUGGAGUUGUAAAUAUCUUUAGAGAGAAAAUUCUCAAAGAGCCUGAACUUAUUGAGAAAGGAUUUGCUGGAUGGAGACACAGACAGACUCAGAGAUGGAAUUCCUUCACACAACAAGUCAAAAAUAUUGCAAAAAUAUUUGAGCCUUGGGCAGGUUCUUUUAAAACUGUAGAAGGUAGAUUUGGGACUGCUAUAAUGAACUAUUUCCGUUUCAUCAGAUGGUUGAUGUUCAUGAAUCUCUACACGAUGAUUAUUAUGAUGUGUGUGACACUGGUUCCCCACUUUAUCCUAAAGGAUUCACCUUUUAACAACACCAUUAGUAAUAAAACAAUACAAUGUACUGAAGAGUAUGGUCAACAUAUUGAUAAUAUCACUGAUAAUGAGAAUAUUGGAAAUCAGAUAUUUGAUUUUAUACAAGGAACUGGAUGGAUGGAGCAGACAGUCUUGUUUUAUGGUGCUUAUCGAAACAAGACAAUGUUAGAGAAUGAAACAACAUAUAAUAUGAGUUUGGCCUACUUGUUAGCCACUGGAGGAUCUUUCUUAAUCAGCUUCUUCCUUAUUGUUAGAAAUACAGGGAAAGGUAUAAAACGAGGAGUUAUGAACAAAGACAGCACAGUAAACCAGUACACAAACAAAGUUUUCUGUGGAGGAUGGGAUUUCUGUAUAAAUGUUGAUAAAGCUGCUAAAAGGAGACAUCGAAAUUUUUUUCAAGAAUUGCAGGGAGAUUUGGAAACACAGAGAUUAAUUUGGAGAAAACAGAGUCUUACCCUUAAAGAUAAGAUUAAACUUUAUAUUAUCAGAAUGGCUGUUAAUAUAUUUGUUGUAGCUGCCUUGAGUGGAUCUUUGUACCUUAUUUUCUUCACAAAUGAAAAGAUGUUAGAGCUACAGGACAGUAAUUUUUCUGAGCUCCAUGUCAUUGUCCAGGCCUUAAUUCAGUAUAUGCCAUCCAUUACUAUAACACUCUUAAAUGUGAUAGUACCUGUGAUAUUUAACAAGCUAGUAAUAUUUGAAGACUAUACACCUGUGUUUGAGAUUCGGAUAAAUUUACUAAGGAUUAUAUUACUACGAUUAGCCUCCCUUGGAAUUUUAAUUGGAUCAAUGUACCGUAUUAUUGCUUCUCCUGCUGAUGAUUAUAGGGCAGAUUGUGGAAAUCAAAGAUGGGAAGUCACCGAUCAAAACCGACAAGUUAAAAGCAGUAUAAAGUGUUGGGAGACUUAUGUAGGACAACAAAUCUACAAAUUGAUGAUUUUAGACUUUCUAGUUGGUUUAAUCAUUACAUUUGUGGUAGAAUUUCCACGAAGAAUCAUAUAUAAGAAGUUUCACAAUACAAACAAACUAGUGAAUAUGGUAGGACAACAAGAAUUUAAUCUGCCUAAAGUUGUAUUAGAUAUCGUUUAUUCACAGACUUUGUGCUGGAUGGGACUGUUUUUCUGUCCACUGACCCCAAUAUUAGGAUUCCUGAAGUGUUUUAUCUUCUUUUAUGUCAGAAAGCUAUCCCUUAUGAAAAACUGUGUUCAACCAGUACGACCCUACAGAACAUCUAGAACUAACUCUUUGUUUGCUGCUGUAUUAUUCCUUUCGUUUCUGCUGGCAACAAUACCACUUGCAUAUCUCAUAGGCAGUAUUUCCCCAUCCCAGAGUUGUGGGCCAUUCAGACAAUAUAUGGGAGGUUAUGUAUUCUUUGAUGUCAUUCCUAAUGAAAUACAGACUUGGCCUUCAGCAGCAGUAAAAGUUUUCACAGUACUUGGAUCAACAGCUUUCCUCAUACCAGCAAUUCUUGUAGUCUGUUCUAUAAUGUAUGGUUACUGGGCAUCUAAAGAAGGAAGUAAGAGACAGGCAGAACUAAUACAAGAAGAGCUGACUGAGGAAGGAAGAGACAAACAAUUCCUAGUAGCUCAAGUCAAUGAAAUCCUACAACACUUAGAUGCAACUAAUUCUUAAUGGAUGACAUAAUGUUUUGUUUUCUCAAAUACUGAAGUAUUUCAUUUCCAUCUUCAUGUGCUCUGCAGAGGAAACUGCCGUUGUAAACUCAAGACUCAAGUCAUAAUGUAAAACGUCAAACACAAGUGUUCUACAGAGGAAACUGCCAUUGUAAACUCAAUACUUACAUCUUAAUGCAUCAAACAGCAGAGUACAAUGAUGGACUCUUAGGAUUUUGUUCUUCUGAUGACUAACUCAAAAACAUAAAAUAAUUAUCUGUGAAUUUUUGAAUUAUGCAUAAAUGAAGGUACUAUUUUUUCUGAAUAAUGGCAGAAAAAAUACACAAAGGAUUAAGAGUCAAGUUUGCAGAACAAGACUUUUACAUAGGGCAUCAUCUAAAACAAAAUCAAUCUAAAGGUAAUAAAUUUAAGCAAUAAUCAUACUCUGAGUGUAUGCUGUUGAUUCAGAUGUCAUAUAUGCAUAGAAGCAGAGCUUGAAACUUUUUAUAAAAAAUGAAUAAUGUUUCCUGCAUUAAAUUAUUCUGCUCACCAACAUCAUAUUCUAUAAAAUGUUUUCACAAAAUGGUUUAUCUCGGCAGAAAGAUCUCAGAAAAGCAAAUAGAUGGUACUUCAAACUGCAAAAGUAGUUCGUUCAUUUGAUUAUAUUUCUAAUAUAAUUUUUUUCUGUAUUCUGUGUAUAUACUCAUUUUAUGGGAACCAGUUUUUAAGGAUUCAGGAAUAUUUAUGUUUUUUCAGGAUUCUGACAAAUUCUGCAUACAAGCCAUUAAUAGAAAUUUGUAUUUUGCUGAACACUUAAAUUCAUGGUUCACCUUUACUGACAAAAUCUAUGAAAAUUAGUAUCCCACGAUUAAUAAUGAACCCACUAUUCAGCAUUUUAAAUUAAACUUAUACUCAAGUUUCUUCUUCUAAAAAACGUUUAUCUAUAUUAAUCAUUGUUAUCAUUGGUAUAAAGAAAGUUAAAUAUACUUGCCUACAGAUAAUACCUGAAGUUUUUACCUACUUUGAUGUUUGUGAAAUUGCAUAAAGUACACAAUCAUUUGUGUGUAUUAAGUUUUAUUUAUGGUUCUUGAGAGUUUUACAAUAUCUAGCCUGACAAUCAAAAGUUAAGGUAAAAUUGUUUGAAUUUGAUUAUUUGUUAUGUAUUUAUUUUAUUAUGUUUUUUGAUUUUCUUAGAAUUGUUUAUUAUCUGUGAUUUUUUGUUAAGCAUUUAAUAAAUUAUAUUUUGACUUC